AUGAUCAAAGCCAUCCUCGUGAUAAACAACCAUGGGAAGCCUCGUUUGCUGAAGUUCUAUCAGUUUUACACGGAAGAGAUGCAACAGCAGAUUGUCCGUGAGACAUUUCAGCUCGUUUCGAAACGAGACGACAACGUUUGUAAUUUUCUGGAAGGUGGCACGUUGAUCGACGGUAAUGACUAUCGCCUAAUUUAUCGUCACUACGCCACGCUCUACUUUAUCUUUUGUGUGGAUUCAUCCGAGAGCGAGCUUGGAAUUCUGGAUUUGAUACAGGUGUUCGUCGAGACACUCGACAGGUGUUUCGAGAAUGUCUGUGAGCUGGACUUGAUCUUCCAUGUUGAUAAAGUGCAUCACAUUCUCGGCGAAAUUGUCAUGGGUGGAAUGGUCUUGGAGACAAACAUGAACGAGAUAUUGCUGAGAAUACAGGAGCAGGAGAAGCUGCAAAAGGCCGAGGCCGGUAUCGCAGCUGCACCGGCCAGGGCGGUGUCGGCUGUGAAGAGUAUGAAUUUACCACAACAGCUUAAAGACAUCAAAUUGCCUGAUCUGCCAUCCCUUUCGAAUCUAAAGAAUGCAUUUUAA